AAGCUGCCGGACACAUGGGUUCACAUCAUUCAUCUGCAGUUGCGAAAACCUUUCGCCUGCACAUCAGUCCAUCGGUUGUGGGGUCUCGCGAAAUGCAAUUCUUUAUAAUAACUACUGUUCGUCCACAUGAGUGACGCGAUACAAGUGGCCAGCAGAGCCUGCUGCCAAAUCCCUGUUUCGUCACCGGACGACCACGGGCGCUGCUCAGAAUCAACACCUUUGCUUCAGGACUCAAUAUCCUCGGGUGGUCAUCGCAAUAUGUCGUCCAGCAUGGAGAAAUUCAAGAAUUCUAGCGUUUCGAAAACACUGGACAGGCUUGCAGUGCCUGCAGCGCCAGGCCUCACGACUGCCCAACUUAUGUUGGCCAACGAAGAUCUUCAACCCGUAGAGCCAGCGCGUCGUGUAUGGACGCACAAGAACUUCAUAUUCUUCUGGAUCAGCGACUCGUUCAACAUCAACACAUGGAUGAUUUCGUCCUCGAGCAUUGUCGAUGGCUUGUCGUGGUGGCAGUCCUGGCUCUGCGUCUGGAUCGGCUAUGGAAUUGCAGCUUGCUUCGUCGUGCUGACUGGCAGAAUCGGAGCCAAAUAUCACCUGAGCUUUCCCGUCAUCGCCCGGUCGUCUUUUGGGAUUUGGGGCGGCCUGUGGCCUGUGCUCAAUCGAGCAGUCAUGGCAUGCGUCUGGUAUGGCGUCCAAGGUUGGAUCGGCGGGACAUGCGUCUAUCUCAUGAUAAGAGCUAUCUGGCCCAGCUGGGACGACUAUGACACGACUGGGCGCAAAGACACGAUGCCAGCAUCGUCUGGAACCAACACCCGCGACUUUGUGAGCUACUUCUUAUUCUGGGCUGGAAGUUUGCCAUUCCUCUAUCCGGCUGUGCACAAGAUCCGUCACCUCUUCACUGUCAAGGCAAUCGUCGUUCCUAUCGCUGGAAUCGCGUUCUUCAUCUGGGCCGUGGUUCGAGCAGAUGGACUGGGACCUAUCGUCAAGCAAGGAAGUACUCUCCAAGGCAGCGCACUGGGUUGGGCUAUCGUUAAAGGCAUCAUGAGCGCGAUCGCGAACUUCGCAGCUCUCAUCGUCAACGAUCCGGACUUUGCUCGUUUCGCUCGAACACCGAAGGAUGCACUCUGGUCUCAACUCUUCACCAUCCCCGUCGGCUUUGCAGUCACCUCGUUUAUCGGAAUCAUCGUCUCUUCUUCGUCGACCGUCAUCUUCAACGUUGACGAGCCGGUGUGGUCGCCGCUCACUCUGCUGCAGAUGUUCCUCGAAGAACCUGGUGUCUCAGGUGCGACUCGCUUUGGUGUCUUUGUCAUUGCAGCAGCCUUCACCCUUGCACAACUCGGAACAAACAUUGCUGCCAACAGCAUUUCUGCCGGUACAGAUUUGACCGCUCUGCUUCCGAGAUGGAUCAAUAUCAGACGUGGUUCUUACAUUUGCGCUGUCGUCGGUUUGGCGAUGUGUCCUUGGCACCUUCUGUCCUCGUCCAACAACUUCACGACCUACCUUUCGGCAUACUCUGUGUUCCUGUCCUCCAUUGCAGGAGUCAUGUGCGCCGACUACUACAUCGUUCGCAAGGGAUACUUGCAGACCCGCGAUCUCUACAGUGCUCGGAAAGGAAGUCCUUACUACUAUCACUAUGGAGUCAGUUGGCGAGCGUACACUGCUUACAUUGCCGGCAUUCUGCCCAACCUGGUUGGCUUCAUUGGCGCAGUGGGCGUCACAGUACCUGUUGGUGCCACUUACUUGUACAACUUGAACUUCUUUGGCGGUUUCAUUGUCGCUGCUUCGGUCUACUGGGCACUCUGCAAAAUCAAGCCCAUCCCAGCAUGCAGCGACACUUGGCUCGAGGUGGAUGAUGACACGCAGAGUAUUGCAGAUGGAGAUUCAGCAGCGAGUGAUGAUGCACCUUAUGGAGAGACAGUCUUUGGUAAAGGCUCGUUUGAUCUGCCCAAGGGAGCAGUAUAGAACGCACUGAUAGAUAAAACAAUAGAGUGAUCGCAGAACGCAACAAAAUU